AUGAAGAUACAUCAUCUAGGCGCAAUAAAAGAAUGGCUACAUAACCAGAGAGUGCUUAUUGUUCUUGAUGAUGUGGAUGAUCUAGAGCAACUAGAGGUAUUAGCUAAAGAAAGUUCUUGGUUCGGUCCUGGAAGUCGGAUUAUCAUUACCUUAAAAGAUAAAAGUAUUUUGAAGGCACAUGGGAUCAACGAUAUCUACCAUGUAGAUUAUCCAUGUGGACGGGAAGCUCUUGAGAUCUUAUGUCUAUCUGCUUUCAAACAAAAUUCUCCACUAGAUGGUUUCGAAGAGCUUGCAAGAAAAGUAGUAGAGCUUUGUGGUAAUCUUCCAUUAGCCCUUCGUGUUGUUGGUUCUUCUUUUUAUGGGGAGAGCGGGGAUGAGUGGCGGAGUCGAUUAUAUGGGAUUGAAACUAAUUUUGAUAGAAAAAUUGAGAAUGUCUUGAGAGUGGGAUAUGACAAAUUGCCGGAGCGACAUCAAUCUUUGUUUCUUCAUAUUGCAUGCUUUUUCAACCAUAAAAGUCAUGUUGAUUAUGUGACAAGCAUGCUCGCUGACAGUACUUUGGAUGUCGAAAAUGGGUUGAAGACCUUAGCCGCUAGAUCUCUUGUGUCUACUAAUGGGUAA